ACCGUGUACGUGGGGCCUCGCCGGGAAAAGGGGCGGUGGGGCAAGAUGGCGGCGCACCUGUCCUACGGACGAGUGAACUUGAACGUGCUGCGCGAGGCGGUGCGUCGCGAGCUGCGCGAGUUCCUAGACAAGUGCGCCGGAAGCAAGGCAAUAGUUUGGGACGAGUACCUCACAGGACCAUUUGGCCUGAUUGCACAAUAUUCACUACUGAAGGAACAUGAAGUGGAAAAAAUGUUCACUCUUAAAGGAAGUCGUUUGCCAGCAGCUGAUGUCAAGAAUAUUAUUUUUUUUGUCAGACCCAGGCUAGAACUGAUGGAUAUAAUUGCUGAAAAUGUGCUCAGUGAAGACAGACGCGGUCCAACAAGAGAUUUCCACAUUUUGUUUGUGCCGCGACGUAGUUUACUGUGCGAACAGCGGUUGAAGGAUCUGGGUGUUCUGGGAUCCUUUAUUCAUCGGGACGAGUACAGCCUUGACCUCAUUCCAUUUGAUGGGGAUCUCUUAUCCAUGGAAUCGGAGGGGGCAUUCAAAGAGUGCUACCUGGAGAGUGACCAGACGAGCCUCUACCACGCAGCCAAGGGGCUGAUGACCCUGCAGGCUCUGUACGGGACAAUCCCCCAGAUCUUUGGGAAAGGAGAGUGUGCCAGGCAAGUGGCCAAUAUGAUGAUCAGGAUGAAGAGAGAGUUUACAGGAAGCCAAAAUUCAAUAUUUCCUGUUUUUGAUAAUCUCUUGUUGCUCGAUCGAAAUGUGGACUUAUUGACGCCUCUUGCCACUCAGCUUACGUAUGAAGGACUCAUUGAUGAAAUUUAUGGCAUUCAGAACAGUUAUGUGAAAUUACCUCCGGAGAAAUUUGCCCCAAAGAAACAGGGUGAUGGUGGGAAAGAGCUCCCCACGGAAGCAAAGAAACUUCAGCUGAAUUCCGCAGAGGAGCUCUAUGCUGAGAUCCGAGACAAAAACUUCAACGCAGUGGGCUCCGUGCUUAGCAAGAAAGCAAAGGUGAUCUCCGCAGCGUUUGAGGAGCGGCACAACGCUAAGACCGUUGGGGAGAUCAAGCAGUUUGUUUCCCAGCUGCCCCACAUGCAAGCAGCAAGGGGCUCACUUGCAAACCACACCUCGAUUGCUGAGUUAAUCAAGGAUGUUACCACUUCUGAAGACUUCUUUGAUAAACUAACAGCAGAACAGGAGUUUAUGUCCGGAGUAGACACUGAUAAGGUCAAUAGUUACAUUGAAGACUGUAUUGCCCAAAAGCACCCACUGAUCAAGGUGUUAAGACUGGUUUGUCUCCAGUCCGUGUGCAACAGUGGACUCAAACAAAAAGUUCUGGAUUAUUACAAAAGAGAAAUUCUCCAGACGUACGGCUAUGAGCACAUACUGACCUUGUACAACCUAGAGAAGGUUGGCCUGCUGAAACCACAGACGGGGGGCAGAAACAAUUACCCAACCAUCCGGAAAACGCUACGCCUCUGGAUGGAUGAUGUGAACGAGCAGAAUCCCACGGACAUAUCGUAUGUGUACAGUGGUUAUGCCCCUCUAAGCGUGCGCCUGGCACAGCUCCUCUCACGGCCUGGCUGGCGCAGCAUCGAGGAAGUCCUCCGCAUACUCCCAGGGCCCCACUUCGAAGAACGGCAGCCCUUGCCCACGGGACUGCAAAAGAAACGUCAACCAGGGGAAAACCGAGUCACUCUGAUAUUUUUCCUCGGGGGAGUAACCUUUGCCGAAAUCGCUGCGUUGCGAUUUCUGUCGCAGCUGGAAGAUGGAGGUACAGAAUACGUCAUUGCCACCACGAAGCUAAUGAAUGGGGCCAGCUGGAUAGAGUCUCUAAUGGAAAAACCCUUCUAGGGGGAUCAGAGUCGACUUGAGUGAACUACAAAAUAAACUGCUCCUUUGGAGAAGCCGCCAAACGGAAGUGAAACCCCACUGAAAAAUGACUGGAGAAUACAGAAUUUACUUCGGGGGUCAUCUUCUUCAAUGACACUAGUUUCUCCUUUCUGCUUCUCUUUCGUGUUUCUAAUUUCUUGAAGAAAAAAGAAGAGAAUCCACCUGGCUCCCAGAAACACCAGUUGUUAAUGUUCUAAGCUCGGGGUCUUCCUUAGAGACCCUGCAAACGUAUUAAGGACAGUGGGGACAGAUAAUCUCAUACAGCUGCGCAAAUGAGGUCGUUCGUAACAUAGGAAGGUGGAGACUGGGCUGAAGAUGAAAAGUAGAACGUCUCACCCCUAAUGGACAGGAAUUUCUGGAAUGCACGUCAGGUCUGGGGCGGUAGCUAGGCAAUGGAGCAGGAGCUGUCCCUGUCAGUGAGUUGAGAUCUCUUUGUCCUGCAGAUUAGGCCACAUUCUGUUUGGUGGUUGUGAGCCCCUGUCUUAGGUGAUCCCUAAGGCAAGUGUUGAUUCCUUCUUCUUCUCAGUCUUCUGCUCCUAUAAAGCAAGAGGCGUGGAGAUUUCUCCAAAUCAAAGUUCGUCAGCUGUCUGACCACCUAGGUUUCUGUGGGUCUCAUACUUGUCAAGGGCUUUUUACGUCAAAGAACGUGAGGUUGGGGAGCCGCUGCCUGAGAAUUUUCUUAGACGCUAUUCAGACGCUUUCUGAGCAUGCGUGUUGUUCCCAGUGUUGCCGAGGUAGAUGCCUCCGCCCAGGCGUUGGUUUUCUUCCCCAUCCAUCGUGGGCCCCAGCACCAGUGAGCAGCAGCGACUCCUGCUUCUUCGGCAUUUGGCGACGCCACCUGCACGGUAGCUGUUGCACAUCCUUCUCUACACUCAGCCUCUUGCGUCUGUUUUGCUCGGAAACAUACAGCUCCGCUGCAAGCCCUGGUCCAGUGACCUCUGCCUCCUCUGGUGCAGCUCGUCCAUGACCUUGGCGUCCAGCAGUCGCAGCUGCUCCUCCUGCAAGGGAUGGUUAGCUUGUGGGACAGAGGGACAGGGUGUUGGUUGAGAGGCUGGAAACCUGCGUGUGUUCCUGCCUCCCUCCUGCUCCGUCCCAGCAUCUGGAAGUUAAAUCCAAGAACGGGACCAAAUGGAUGGCUUCAUAGCCCUUGCCCAAUCUCCCCUUUGUGGGGGGAUCAAGGUCAGCAUCCUUCCUCCGGGGAGGUGUGGCUUCUGUUGUUUCUCAGUAACCACACAGGUUUUCUGCUCAUUUUGUUCUGUUAGUGAAAUUCUGGUAGCACAAUGCACGCUGUGAGUGAAAGAGAAAUUCUACAAAAAAGAUCUCUGUAAGAAUGAGGAGCAGAAGAGGUCCUAUUUAAAAGAUCUCCUUCUCAUGCAUUCUACUUGGCCUUGACAUUCAGUAUUUGGAAAAGGGUCUUUAAAAAAACCAGGUCUGUUAUAGAAAAUCUGUUUUCAAAUACUCGUUAUCCCAGGGAGAUUCGUUUUAUACCUUCCAAGCCCCAGCUGUUGUCAGCCUCAGCCGCUUAGAGAACGAAAUCCACCUUGUCCCUCAAUGUCUUUGGCUCACGGGAUUCAGUUCAAGUCUGGUCAGAUCUCCUUGGCCGGGGUUUUUGUUCUGUGAACAGACCCUCAGUUGUGUCUCAUGUGUCGACAUUCACUCUUGACUCUGUACUCGCUUGCUCAGAGGAUAGUUAGGUCGGCUCUUAAAAUGCAUUCAGCAGACAACUUAAAAACAUCAAUUGCUUCAUUUGUAUGCAAAUAGAAAGUGCUGGAUAAUUAUAUAUUAUACGCCUUUGUGUGAGUUCACUUAAUCCUUGAAGCAGCCUCUGUCUCAAAGGAGUAUGCCCUUACUGGGAAAGGGUAUGUGAAUGGUACAUUUAUUCCUAGAGAGGGUGGAUUGUUUACAUCAUGUCUGGACUUUUGUCUAGCUAGGUAGACAGUUCUGCCUCCCCAGAAACUCCAGAAAAAAGAAGUCUACAUAGAUAAAGAAGUCUGCAUAGGCACUAUCCUGUGUCUUGCUAUAUACUUUUGAGUUUUAGCCAACAGAAAAGUAUUUGAGUUGUGGUUCAACUGUAGAACAAAAGAAUACAGGCAUACUGAGAGAUACUUGGCUUUGGUUCCAGAGCACCCCAAUAGAGUGUCGAAAUUAAGUAAGGUGAGUGGAUGUUUUGGUUUCCCAGUGCAUAUAAAAAUUAUGUUUACACUGUCCUGUAGCCUCUUAAGUGUGCAAAAGCAUUGUGUCCAAAAAAAAGUAUAUUGCUUUAUUAAAGAAUUUGGCUACAAAAUGCUCACCAUCAUCUGAGCUUUCAGUGAAUUAAUAAUCCCUGGUCACAGUCCACCAUGACGAAUAUAAUAAUAAUGGAAAAGCUUGAGAUAGGAGAAUUACCAGAAUGUGACAAAGUAAGCAAAUGCUGUUGGGAAGACGGCGCUCACAGACUUUUUCAGCACAGGAUUGCCACACAUCUUCAAUUUUUAAAAACCACACUGUCUGCAAAGUGCAGUAACAUGAGGUGUGUCUCAAAUGGUUAAAAGGAGGAAUAUGAAAAAUAGCACAUUUAAUUCUUGAAGAGCACUGGGAAGGUUUGGCACUCUGGCUCUGCCGUCCCGAGAAAUGGAUUACAGUUAACCGUGACCUGCUGGUCUGCCUCUUGUUCUCAGUUGUACAUUAAAGAUUGGCCUGUCACCAGGA